AUGGAGGACGUGGCGAGGGCCGAAUACCCCGGCAUGCUGGCCAACCUGCAGCCCGGCCAGGCCGUGCAGACACUCAACGACCGCGUGAAGCGAAUCAACAAGAUCAACAUCGAGAUCGCCGACUGGCUCCAGGAGCGUCGUCGCGUCGAGGAGCAGUAUGUCCUCGGCCUGCGCAAGCUUGCGCAGGCCAGAGCGCCCAACGCGGCUUCAGAACUCGGAGUCUUCCAGAGCCCCUGGGCACGCGUUGUCGACUCGGUCGAGCGCAUCGCCAAGUCGCACCAUGUCUUCGCCGAGCGCAUCGAGAAGGACGUGGAGAGCCCUCUGCGCGUCUUCCAGCAGCGGCCCGACUACCUCAACAUGCACAACAUCUCUAGCAACCUCGGCGCCAUCGCCAAAGACCUCGAAGACGCCCAGGACAAGGCUGACAAGCUGAACAAGAAGGGCGGCAAGGCCAGCGCCCAAAAGGUCGACGCCGCCACCUCUCGGCUCGAGUCCGCGUCGCAACAGUGGGAGUCACAGGCGCCCUUCAUCUUCGAGACUCUUCAGGCCCUCGACGAGUCACGCAUUAACCAAUUGCGCGACCUACUGACCCAGUAUCAGACCCACGAGUCCGAUCAGGCUCAGCGCUCCCAAGACAUCGCCGUCGAGACCCUCGCCGUCAUGCUCGAGAUCAACACCGAGAGGGAGAUACAAGAAUUUGCUCAGCGCACCACCGCUGGGCGGCCGUCCGUGCCGACGAGGACAUCGACGAGGCGAUCAUCGAUGGCCACUGGGCCGCCGCCUUCUUCGUCCGCUGGGCCACCGCCUCCCUUGCCAACUGCCUCGACCAACAACACAACGGCGUCGUCCAUCCCGCCGCAGACGCCGGCCUCUCAGCCGCCCGCCGAUGAUGACGCCAGCGAGCACAAUUCUAUGCCGCCCCCUGAGGUCAAGCCAGAGUCCAAACUGCGCCGGCUCGGCACGAUGUUCGGCGGCCGACGGCGGCAAAGUGUACAUGGCGGCUUCGGCCAGCUUUCCCCCGGUAAGGGCGGUACCACGUUCGGACGACUGGGGAGCAGCCACGGCCGCGGCGUGUCGCCUCGAGCGUCCUCGAGCAACCUGCACCAGGAGUCGACACGGUUGUCGUCUCUCGCCGAGACCCCCGAUCAGACCAGCCAGGACGAACCGGCAGCUAGGGAACAGUCCUCUCAAGCGACCACCAACGGCGUCACGCGCCAUACCCUUGUCGAUACAUCGACGCCCGCCGCGGUCAACGGCACGGACGUGGCCAGCGUUCCGCCACCACCGGGGCCGCCGCCGUCCCAGCAGCACGGCGACAGCUCUGGCGUCAAGGACGCAGAGGGCUUCACCAUUCGAGCGCCGAUGACCGACCCUAUCUCCGAGGCCCAGCGUGAGGCCGCUGGUGACGAAGCGGACCAGCUGCUCAAGCUCAACAUUCAGAAUAAGCCCGUCGAGGAGGAGGAUCCAGAGGCGAAACAGGCUGCGCUGUCCAGCGUGGCGAACACGCUCAAGAUGGGACCCGCGACUCGCCGCGCCGGCACCAUAAGAGGACGCCGCGACGUACGCAAUACCAUGUACGUGCCGCCGGUGGCCACCACCAUCGGACAGUCGGACGGCGCGACUCCAUCGGGCCCCGGUUCGCCUCCACUGACUGCGUCGUCGUUCACAAGGCCGCCCGCAGUUCAAGCCCUGGCGUCCGAAGCGAGCGUUGCAGGGACGUCUGACAGCCAGUCCGUGCGAUCAGGGAACUCGCUGGGCAGCCUAGCCCAUGCUAAGCACCCGGAGAUGACAGGGCCGGGACUCAAUACCUCUAUCAUUGAGACGGUCUCUGCUGUCUUUGAAGAUGGCGUCGUGAAGAGCGCGUCCAUCGCAGGAGAGAUUGCCUUUGUGAACAAUGCCAGCGAUGGAACCAAGACGCACGAGACGAUUCGCAUCAACAGCUUCCCCAGCCUCGAGCGCAUUGGUCCGAAUCGCAUCUUCGUCCAAAAUGCAUCCAUUGACCAGCCUGACCAAUUCAGUCUCGAUUUGUCCCAUCUCAGCAAGACGUCGAUCGGCUUCUCGUACCGCGUCUUUGCCGAGGAGGCGGAGACACCUGCUCUCGGGCGACAUGCGCCUCUGCUCCUGAAGCCAGCCUGGAAGCCGCAAGGCGACAAACUUGGCCUGUUGCUGCAAUACCAGCUGAACCCGCUGUCUCAGCUCACAGCUCCCCUGACCUUACACAACGUUGUCUUCGUAGCCACCUACGAUGGCAAGUCCAGCGGCGCACAGACCAAGCCCAGCGGGACGCACCUCAAGGAGAAACACCUCGUGUACUGGCGGCUGGGCGACGUGACGCUCACGAGCGAGAUGCAGAAGAUCGUGUGUCGCAUCGUCGGCGCCGAAGGUGUCACCCCGACACCAGGCCACGUCGAGGCACGAUGGGAGUACACGGCCGCUGGGGACGAGCUCAUUGGUAGCGGCAUCUCCAUCUCCCGGCUCGUGGAGGACAAGGGCAAGGGCAAGGAGACGAUGCCGCCGGAGGACGACCCGUUCGCCGACCAGAGUCAGCCGGCGGCAGCGACCGGAGAGCCAACCUGGGUCGGCGUGCCAUUGCAGCGAAAGCUUGUGAGUGGCAAAUACGAGGGCAAGUGA